UUGUUUUGUUGAUAAAGUUGUUUAUUUUUUAUUUUUUAUUAUUAAAACAAUUUUUGGAAGCAGAAGAUAUGAAGUGAAAUGUGCGGGAAAAAUAUGUGGUGAUGGGCUUUUCCGUGCGCAUGUAAUGCUCUCUUUUCUUCUUCUGGGGUUUGAUUUCUUCAUCUCAUGAGCAGUCUCGAUUUUGAUCUCCAUUGACUGCUCGCCGAAACCCAAUCUCUGCGCUCAAAUGGCCCAAUUCACCGCACACAGUCGGGUUAAGUUGUUGCUCAACGGAGACGGAGUGCCAUUCGGUUCAGAACCAAAAGAUCGUUCGAGACACAAGCUCAGAUCAGUACGAACCCUUAAGCGAAGAACUCCCUUAUCCGGUGCCUCCUCCACUGGACUUUCCCCUUCGUCGUCCUCGGCUUCAGCUUUGAGGAAAUCCGCUCAGCGUGUCGGUGUGAGGGGUGAGAGCGUUAGCGGAGACGACGCCAUUCUUGAUAUUGACUAUGAUUACGAGUUUGAGAGUGACGAUCUGGCUUGCUUCAGAGGUCUCGUCUUGGAUAUUUCCUACAGGCCAGUUAACGUUGUUUGUUGGAAGCGUGCAAUUUGUUUGGAGUUCAUGGAGAAGGCUGAUGUAUUGGAAUACUAUGACCAGACUGUGAGUUCUCCAAGUGGAUCCUUCUAUAUACCAGCAGUCUUAAGGGUUCCUCAUUUAUUGCAAGUUGUAAAGAGAAGAAGAAUCAAGCAGUCUUUGAGUCGUAAAAACAUCCUUUAUCGGGACAAUUACACUUGUCAGUAUUGUUCAUCACAUGAGAGUUUGACGAUUGACCAUGUUUUGCCCGUGUCUCGGGGUGGAGAAUGGACAUGGGAAAAUCUGGUGGCCGCCUGCGUGAAAUGCAAUUCAAAGAAAGGGCAAAAAACUGUUGAAGAAGCAAAUAUGAAGCUGAAAAAGACUCCCAAGGCCCCAAAAGAUUAUGACAUACUUGCCAUUCCUCUAACCAGUACCGCAAUAAAGAUGUUGAAACUCAGAAAGGGGACCCCUGAAGAAUGGCGUCAAUAUCUGUCGAGUGAGCAAUGACGUGCACUCAUAAUGGCACUUGUAAAUUCUUCUUUGAACAAAUUGCACAUAUCAUACAUACACUUGUUUCUUCUAAGACUUCGGCACCUUCAAACUAAUUUAUUCUAUCAUUACUUCCAACAAGCA